UAAGUCACCAUUGUGGGCAAAUAAUACUCUUCUUCAUAUCAAUGGAUGACCUAGUGGUUGGAGUAAGUUAGUUCGUGCCAACUGAUCCAAGUUCGAAUUCCUUUGCCAAAAGUCGCUAGGUCGAACUUGUCAUAAAUGGUUAACCUGGUCUAAUUUAUGUUUCUCGUACGAUUUACAAACUAUUACACGCGAGUGUAGAUUUACCCGGUACACCUAUAUAGAUUUGUGUGGUCCAAGAAAAACCCUUGAUCAUUAUUUAAACAUAAAUAACUUAUUGCAUCAACAAAAAACAAGAAAUAGCACAAGUUGCCAUACAAUCAUAGUAUCAUUAAUUAAUAAACUACUAAAUAAGUACUAGUUAAUGCUGAUUUUCUUAAUCUUUACAACUAGAAUCUUGUUCUAAAAAAUAAUCAAGAAUCACAAUCCAUUGACAUUGUUAUCUCACUUUCACGAUUAAACAAAUUCCCAACAAAUAAAAUAAACAAAUUCCCCCACACCUUUAAAUUGUAAACAAGAACAAUAAACAAUUCAAAAAUAAAUAAAAAUUGAUUCUUUUAUUGAGGAUUUGGUUGAAAAAGUGAGUAGAAAAAGGGCAAAAGAUAUAUAAUAUGAUGACAACUAUUGCAUCAUUUGCAACAACAAACAAAGCCAACCCAACUUUUUCAAUUCAUCAUAAUAAUAACAAGAACAAAAAAUAAAAAAAAAAAAUUAAGAAAAAAAAAUUAAUUAAUUUUUUUUAAAGACAAGAAUUCCAAUUCCUCCUCUUCUUGCAUCAGAAUUAAAUUCCUCUGUCUGAAACAGAAAAAACCCUUCUUCCCCCAACAAACACCAACACAGUGAGGCUCAAAUUACGGCACUUUGUAGUGCAGCAAAGACAAAAAAAAGAUGGUGGUGGUAAUAAUAAAGAUUGGAGCUUUGAGCUAAAAGACACACCAGAAAGGAAGGUUAGAGAGAUCAAAAGUUUUGCAACUCUCUCUCUCUCUCUCUCUUCUUUUUCUCUUUCUUGUCUAAGCAUUUUGUUUUCUUGUAAUGAAUGUUGGGUUUUUCUUUUCUUUCUUAAAUAAGAGCACCGCAACCCUUCUCUUCUUGCAGCUCGAGGAAGAAAGAACAGAAUCAAGAAAGUGGGGGCAAAAUGGAGAAUAUGUAUUACGAGAAGCUGGGCAGAAGUUCUUACAAGGAUUCCCUCAAGUUCUUGGAGUCUGAUAUUCAACAUGCAAAUGAUUUGGCUGGAGCAAUUCCAAGAGCUAAGGGAGGCGCACGUCUUCAAAUGAAACUCGUCUACAAUCAGUUAGCACCGCUCUUUCUAUUUUUCCUUCGGUGGGUCGAUUGUUCGUGCUCCUGCUUUUUAUCGAGCUACUUCAGCCUUUUUCACAUCGUUAUUUACAAGGUGUACGCAGACGGAAGGCCGAAGAUUUCGACACACGGACGGAAAGCUUCCGUUAGAGAGUUUUACGCUGUCAUAUUGCCGUCACUUCAGCAGCUCCAUUACAACAUGGUGGAACAGGACAGUUUGAAUUCGAGCAUCGAAAACCGUGUUCGGAAAAACAUUAGUAAGAAAAGACUCGAAGAAGAUAGUCGAGCAUACGACAACAACAACAACAUAGAACCCGCAAGAGACGAUGAAUGUGGAAUAUGCUUAGAACCAUGCACCAAAAUGGUCACACCUAAUUGCUGCCAUGCAAUGUGUAUAAACUGUUACCGCGACUGGAGCACGAGAUCGGAAUCGUGCCCAUUCUGCCGCGGUAGUUUAAAAAGAGUAAAGUCGACCGAUUUAUGGGUGCUAACGGGCAGCGAUGAUGUCAUCGAUCCGGAAGCUGUCACCACAGAAGACUUGCAAAGAUUCUACCUUUACGUCAGAAACCUGCCUAAAGAUUCCCCCGACGCGUUGUUCUUGAUGUACUACGAGUAUCUGAUAUAAUGCCAAACGAAGCGGAGAUGGGGGUAUAUAUAUAUAUAUAGAUAUAGCAGAAGCCGACCUUAUAAGAUGUAAAUAGAGUCCGGGUAAGGAAAAAAAGUUUUCUCCGUUUAUUAAAUUGUACGAAUAAUAACCGCUUUUGUACAUGCGGGGUGCGAUAGGAGAAACAUUACAAUCAAUAAAAAGUUCUCAAAGCAUUCUUUGAGACUUGUUUUUUGCCUUGCCUA